AUGCACGCUCUUGCGGUGUUAAGUAACUCGCAAUUAUCAAAGUUACGUAAAAGGAAUGUUGGGGUGUGGGAAAAAGUGAUUGUGCCACCAGUAAUGACAUCACUACUUCGUUUAAUCCGGUUCAUUAACACGUUAACUGAAAGCAGUAAAGAACUAUUAAAGCAGCCAAUUUCGUAA